AUGUGGACGCUUGUUGUGGCUAUUGUUGUGGCUGCUGUGGUUCCGGCAGCUGUUGCUGCCGAGUGGCAGGUGGAGACGGUUUAUUCGGGCGCUGGAUGCACGGUGUCGGGCAACACGACUGCGCUGGGGAUUACUGCUGCGUACACGAGCAACUGCGUGGGUGCCACUUGCUCUCAAAUUGGAACUUCUGGUCGGUACUAUCAGCGCGUGUGUACGGCGACUGAGCCGACGACGACGGGCUUUGACAACGUCAUGCGGUUCUGGUCGUCGUCGCCGACCUGCGCAGGCAACCCAACGUCGAUGAUCGCCACCAUGUCGACGUGUGCGUACAACAAUGAUGGAACGUCCAACUCGCUCGCUCUGGGCUCGUCAACGGUCUCGGCUAUUGAGUGCACGGAUGCUGCCUGCGGCACGUGCUCGGGUGCGGCAACCAUCUACCCGCGCACCACUUGCGGCGCCGUGACGAACAGCGGCAACACGGUCGGCCAUGGUUUUGCCAACGCGCAGCCUGGUAGCAGCGGCAGCACGUCUGCCGCUGCCUCGUCGGCGCCUCUUGCCGAAGCUAUUGUGGUGGUUGCGACUGUGGGUGCCGCGAUUGCUGCUCUUUUCUGAGACGGUUGACUUUCUCCGUCGUCUGUGGGUGGCCGCAGCCUUGAGCUGUUGAACACUUUACUUGUUGUACAAUCUAUAGCC